GGGUGUUCAUUUAGUGUUGCGUGUGUUGAUUGGUCAGCUGUACAUGUACGUGUCAAUGAAAAUGUAAACUUUAGCUUUAUCAAAACGGUUUGAGAUUUAAGGAUGGAGUUGUUUUAAUUAUUUUAUCCAAGUGGCGAUUACAGCUGUUGCAAUGGAGAAUAUUCAGAAUCUCCCUAUUGACAUCCAGACUGGUAAACUCUUAGACUGGUUGGUGGACAGGAGACACUGCACGCUCAAAUGGCAAACUGCAGUUAUGGCUAUUAGAGAGAAAAUCAAUGCUGCCAUUCAGGAUAUGCCAGAAAAUGAGGAAAUCAAAGAACUGCUCUCUGGAUCAUAUAUUCAUUAUUUCCAUUGCUUACGAAUAAUCGAAAUACUGAAACGGACAGAAGCAUCCACCAAAAAUAUUUUUGGCAGAUAUUCAUCACAAAGGAUGAAGGACUGGCAAGAGAUAGUAUCGGACUAUGAAAAAGAGAGUGUUUAUUUAGCUGAAGUGGCCAGUCUGUUGGUUCGUAAUGUAAGUUAUGAAGGUCCGGCUUUAAGAAAGCAAGUAUCUAAAGCUCAGCAGCUACAGCAGGAACUGAGCCGGCGAGAACUGGAGUGUCAGAGCGGCGCUGCAGAUAUGAAGGACCGUUUUUAUGAGGCCUGUAAACAAUACGGUAUAAAGGGGGAAAACGUGGCAAGGGAGUUACAAGCACUUGUUAAAGAUCUGCCUGUGGUUUUAGAGAAAACUGGUAAAAAAGCGGCCUGCCUGGAAGAAGCUAUACAGUUUUACACAGCCUUUACCAACUUUGUCUCUGACUGGUCUGAGGAAGUUUUGCCUUUGUUGACGUUUGUCCAGAAGAAAGGAAACACAACUGUGUAUGAAUGGAAAACAGGAAAUGUACCCACGGUUAUAGAGAGACCUUUGAUGGAGGAAGCCCCACCUGAUGUUGUCACAGAAGAGACAAUUGACUGGGGUGACAUUAGCAGUGGUGCCGGGACGGAGGAGGUGAAUUUUGGGAUCACUGUUGAGGAUGGUGUGGACUGGGGCAUUAGUCUCGAGUCUGGCACUGAGGAAACUGGAGGUAUUGACUGGGGGGAGACUGAAUCUACCCCGGUGGAAAUCGAAGUUGUGGAUGUGGGCACAGACUGUCCUGAUGGUGUUGCCAAAGGUGAGGAUGCUCUGUCUCUUCUGGAAAACUCACAGACUCGUGGCCAGUUUAUCGAUGAGCUGAUGGAGUUGGAAGUGUUCCUGUGUCAGCGACUGAGCGAGAUGAAUGAAGAAGGUGAUGUGGUGUCCAUGAGUCAGUUCCAGCUCGCCCCCUCAGUAAUCCAGGCUCAGACUCCGGAGCGAGUACAGGCCAUGCUGAGAGAGUUACGUGAUCUGCUAAAUGAACUCACUUUACAACGAAUGCAGCACCUCUUUAUGAUCCAGGCAUCACCACGUUAUGUAGAGCGUGUGUCUGAAUUACUGCGACAGAAACUUAAGCAGGCAGAUAUUUUACUGCUAAAGAGUAGGACGAUGGCCGAAAAACAGCAGGAGGCCCUUGAGGAACAGGCUAAGUUGGAGCCCCGCAUUGAUCUGCUGGCUGCCCGCACAAAGGAACUACAGAAACUGAUUGAAGCUGACAUCUCAAAACGAUACAACAACCGUCCGGUCAACCUCAUGGGUGUACAUGUGUGACCAAGAAGACAUUUACUUUUCCACAGAUCAUUUGAAAAAAUAAAUCUUUUUUUCCUCAUUUAAA